UUCCUUCAGCUCUCCACAUGGGAAGUUACAAUCUGAUCGUCGACCGUUUUACUGCAAUUGGUUCAUGUUCCCAGGCUAAAGAUGUCGAGCAUCUUAGCGCAUCCUUUAGGCAGAGUAACUGGAGUCUAGUCAUGACGGGCGCUGCCGAAUCAAUUAGGCUCACGCUGCUCGACUAAAUCAAUCGUCUGUUUCUAGCACUCGAGACUCUCCCACUCCACGAACUUCUCUUUUGCUCUCCGUCUCCUUAGAGCCAAAGAUGC